AUGAAAGGCGAGGUCGCCGACGAGGGUAUCGAACUCUUCGACGAAGCCGGUCCUCAACCUAUCUCGCAAGAAGCAAAGGAUGCGGUCAAGCGAAAGAUAGACCUUCACCUUCUCCCCUUGAUGUGCGCCCUGUAUGGACUAAACUAUGUCGACAAAGUCGCCCUUGGUUGGGCUGUCCUCUUCAACUUCCGCCAGGACCUUGGAUUGGUCGGGACAGAGUAUUCGUGGGCUAGUUCGAUGUUCUACUUCGGUUACCUAGUUGCACAGUACCCUGCCAAUUAUAUCCUUCAACGAUGUAGAACGGCUAGAGUCCUGAGCUUGUCUGUUAUAUGUUGGGGAGUGUUGAUGAUCGCUCAUCUUGGAUUGCGCAAUUUCGCCGGUCUGAUGGUCAUCCGUUUUCUCCUUGGUGUUGCUGAGAGCGUUGUUACCCCCGGCUUUGUGCUCUAUACAUCCAUGUUCUACACCAGACGCGAGCAGGUAAUGAGGACUAUGCUCUGGGCAGCGAUGCAGGGAGCUUUCUCCAUCAUAGCCAGUUUAUUAUCGUACGGACUCGGCCAUAUCACAAACACGGCGCUGAAGCCGUGGAUGUAUAUAUUCUUGGUUCUUGGUCUCCUCAGUAUGAUCGUUGGCUUUGCCUGGCUGUUCUUCAUGCCCGAGACGCCAAACAAAGCCAAGUUCCUCGCGCGCGAAGAACAGAUCAUCGCCGUCCAGAGGGUUGCGAAGAAUAUGAUGGGAAUCAAGGGGUACCAGUGGAAGAAUUACCAAAUAUGGCAUGCGAUUAAGGACGUGAAGACCUGGCUUCUCCUUGCAUUUGUCCUUUUUAUCCAGUUGCCAAAUGGUGGAUUGACGAGUUUUGGCUCUCUGGUAAUCUCUGGGUUUGGGUUCGAUUCGUUCAGAACGUUGCUCAUCGGUCUUCCGUCGUCCGUCGUCAGCGCCGGGAGCAUGGUCGUUUGGGGUUUCUUGUCAAUCAAAUACGGCAACCUACGAACGCUUGGGAUGAUCGUUCCACUGUUACCUGCCAUUGCGGGAAUUGCCGCAGUUUAUGGCACGAUAGGCACCGGUGCCAACAAGUACGGUAGAGUUGUCGCAUACUGGCUAAUCAAUUCUUAUGCUGUCACGUGGCCUUUCUGCCUCACAAUUGUCGGGCAGAAUAUCGCGGGUCACACCAAGCGGGCAUUCACGAAUACGCUCCUCUUCGUUGUAUUCGCCGCCGGGAAUAUCGCGGGACCAUUCUUCUUCCGUGAUCAGGAUGCUCCAAAGUAUGUGCUGGCUAUCACGACAAUUUUGGUGUUCUUCUGCGCUGCGUUGCUCUGUGCCAUCGCUCUCCGCUACUACAUGGUUAUGGAGAACAAGAAAAGAGACCGCCAAUUUGGAGCGCUCGAGACAACUCAAGAGAAACUAGACGGCAUGAGGCUAGGCAUGCAUGACAAGACUGAUCUUGAGAAUCCGGACUUUAGAUACGUUUUAUAA